AUGACAGAGGGCCCUGAAGAGGAGGCGGCCACUGCCUGCUUCGGAACUCUCACCGCCAGGCUCCAGCAGCUCUUCCGCAGGCUCCCUAAGAGCCACUUGGGAUCGGAAAAGCUCCAGGUCCUGCGGAGUUUCCACCACGAGGCCAGGCUGGCUCGCGACUGUAAAUUCACCUGCCACCCCGAGUGCCGCAAUCUGAUCCAGCUGGACUGCAGUCAGCAGGAAGGCCGAUUCCGGGACAGACCUUCUCCAGAAAGCACCCUCACUCCGACCUCUGACCAGAAUGUCUGUAAACCUGCAGAGGAGACUCCGCACCCGCCCACGCUGCAGGAGAUCAAGCAGAAGAUCGCCAGCUACAACAGCCGCGAGAAGAACUGCCUGGGCAUGAAGCUGAGCGAAGAUGGCACCUACACGGGUUUCAUCAAAGUGCACUUGAAACUUCGGCGGCCCGUGACAGUGCCUGCUGGGAUCCGGCCCCAGUCCAUCUAUGACGCCAUCAAGGAAGUGAACCUGGCGGCCACCACGGACAAGCGGACGUCCUUCUACCUGCCCCUUGAUGCCAUCAAGCAGCUGCAUAUCAGCAGCACCACCACGGUCAGUGAGGUCAUCCAGGGCCUUCUCAAAAAGUUCAUGGUCGUGGACAAUCCCCAGAAGUUUGCACUUUUCAAGCGGAUACACAAGGACGGGCAAGUGCUUUUCCAGAAGCUCUCAGCGGCUGACUGCCCCCUCUACCUGCGCCUGCUGGCCGGGCCCGACACUGAUGUCCUCAGCUUUGUGCUCAAAGAGAAUGAGACCGGAGAGGUGGAGUGGGAUGCCUUCUCCAUCCCCGAGCUCCAGAACUUCCUAACAAUCCUGGAAAAAGAAGAGCAGGACAAAAUCCAACAAGUGCAGAAGAAAUAUGACAAGUUUAGGCAGAAACUGGAGGAGGCCUUAAGAGAGGCCCAGGGCAAACCUGGCUAACCGGUCCUGCUUCCUCUGCUCCCAGCGCCCUCGGAUUUAUUUUUAUUAUUAAUUAUUAUUUUGCAACAGACACUUUUUCUCAGGACACCUCUGAUGGAUGUGUGUGUGCCCGCCCAGCAGCUCCAGAUGUGGCACAGUCUCUGAUGGACACGUGUGUGUACGGGGCUGGGUCGUGCCCACCCCCAUGCAGCGCCUGUGUGCACCCUGCCAAGCGGCACUCAUGUAAAGAGCAACCUGCGUCCUCUCGCAAUCUGCAAGCCUUUCACAAACCAAAUAGUUGCCUCAUUUCUCCUUUAUUUGACACCCAUGGUACCUUUAUUUAUGAGUCAAAAGCUGUAGGAUAUUCCUUUAGCACGUCUGAGCUAGGCCCCUGAAAGUAGGAUAAUGCUCCUAAAAGGACUGUCCUCCUCUGGCCCCAGAUGCUCAGGUUGGGAGCACCAGAGCUGAGGCUGGCUCAGAGAUUUCUGGAGAAGCUGCAGCCUGGCCCCGGCCCUCGUCGCCGAGUCUGCACAUGUGAGCCCAAAGGCGUAUGUGUACAUCUGUGUAUUUGUGGUGCUUAGCCACAUCUUUGUCAACAGCUGUUUGUCCUUAAAUUGCAACUUUAUUUAAUCUUGUCAUCCUCGUGUUUCCACCAAGGGGAAACCAGCUAUUUACCAUUUUAGAGGUCUCCUGCUGAGUAUGGAGAUCAGGCAGUCAGAGAAAGCCAAAAAGCUUUGUGGAGAAAUGUGUCCAAGCAUCUUCAGCCUUGCCUGGCAAGAGCAGGGGAGGCCUGGCUGCCUUGGUUUCCCUGGGCCUCCAGCACGGCCUCCCUCCUCCACAGGACUGUAGAAUCUCCAGGUGCUGCCAGAGGAGCUGCCCUGGUUUCAGGGGGGAACCUCCCACUCAGCCAACUUGGAGUUCAUUGUGUUCUGAAGCUCGGGCCAGCCCGUGGCACUGCACUCGGUGAGCCGUGGGACUGGCCUCCCCGCUGACCUCAGUGCCUUUUUGUUUCCAGAAAGACGGGAGCAGGGAGAGUUUGCUUGAAGCUUUGCUGCUGGCUUGUUCCUGCCAGGAAGUGGGCCACUGUGGUGUGGGAGACAAGGGCAGGAGAGCCCUCCCUCUAAGAGUGGGGUCAGGGUCAAACCUUCCCAUCGAAGGUCCUGGGCUUUGAAUCCUGUAAGUGAUGUCAAAGCACAUGGACAAGGCGGAUCAGGUUCCUGACUCUUCAUUUGUGCUGACUCCUUGUUUCAGUCCAAACCUAAACGUACACUAGCCAAGCGACCUAAGCAAGUAGCCGGGACUGCAAAGACACUCCAGUGCCGAGGGAGAAAGACUUUUUACUUUCAAAGCGGGGCAGGUUUUUCUAUCCAGCCUCUGAGAGACCAGUUCUUCAAUGUCCUCUGCCUUCCUGAGUCCCUCUUGGGUUGGUUCAAGCCUAAGUUCCUUUGUGUAGCCUCAGAAGUUCCCUCCCUGACCCUCGCUGGGUCCACACUGCCCUGAUCCCAGAAGGAAUGCUGACCCUUCCUCAUAUAAACUGUGCUGGUCUUCAGAGCUGCACAAGCAGGACAGGCUAGCAGCUUGAAAAGAUUUUUAAACCACAGAACCCUGGUGACCUGCCAUCUCAUGCUCAGCCUUAGCACUCCCCCCCGAAGCCUCCCUCCCUGCUGAAGAGUAGAGGAGUGGUCAAGAGUCCUUCAUGCGGCAUGUCUCUACCAUGAAUAGAAGGCACGGCUCCUGCUGCAACCGCUGUGAAUGCUGCUGAGAACCUCCUGAUGGGGGUGGCUAUUUUAUUUUUGAGAAGGAAGAAAAACUCAUGUACAUAUAUACCAUAAAGGCAUAUAGCUAUAUAUAAAGAGAUAGGGGUGUUUAUGAAAUAAGAAAAUUAGAGGGAAAUGCAGACUUUAUCUAAAGCACAGUUAGACCCAGGACCCAGGUUGAGGUCCAAGCCUCCGAAAACAGUGGAUUAAGUAUCCCUUCCCUCCCAGAGGCGGGUGUGACUGCUGGAGUGCCUUCUGUCGUCCAGUUGCCCGGUGUGUGUUUGUUUGGAGGAUAUUUCCUCUUUAAAUGUCUUUCUUAUAUGGGUUUUAAAAAAAGUAAUAAAAGCUCGUUGCAAAAAUGAUUCCGAUUGGAGACCUCUUCCUUGAACUUGACCCUCUCGUGGAACUUGGGAGCGGGGCGAGCGGGU